AUGGGUUCGGGAGCCACAUGGAUUGCGCUCUCUACCUGGGCGGGUACCUCAGUCCAUGGGAUCGUCAUAGACAACCUGGACGGGAGCCACAGGCAGGCGCAAACAGAAGAAGAAGAAGAAACAGGCACGGAGGCCAAAGGGGAAGGAGUCACAGCGGUCAAAGGGGAAGAAGGCGCAGCAGCCAAAGAAGAACGAGGCACAAAGGCCGAAGAAAAGCAAGACAUUAUGGCCGGAGAAGAGCAAGGCACUGAGGCCGAAGAAGAGGCACGACAGAACGAAAAGGUGAAUGACCGCGAAGGAACAGAAGGAGCAGAACCAGGCACUGGGGCCGAAGAAAAGACAGACACUGAGGCCGCAGCAGAAGAAGAAGAGGGCACGUUGGCAGAUCGCGCAACGGCAGCGGGCAAAGAAGGCACAGAGGCCACAGGAGCACGGGAAGAAACUUUGGCGUUCAAAGCGCGGCGAGCAGCGAAAGAGGUGUUCUGCAGGAACUUGCGGUUCGGCAUUUUAAAAUCUAUUUUGAUCCAUCCGAAACCGCUUUUCCAAGACGAAUCCGCAAAAAUUCGAAGCAGCUUUGUAGAGGCGCAUCGGGCCGAGUUGCGGUUUUUCCUAUGCCUUGGCACCCAUCCAUCAGCACGACUAACAAGCCGUACACCCGCUGUGCAAUGGAUGCCGCCUGCCACCGGAGGCCGCCCUCUUACAUUGAGCGACUUUCGUCAGACAAAAAGCCUAACGCAUACACGGCAUAACCUGGGCGAGAACUCUUGA